UUAUAGCUUUACAAAAACAACCUUGCGAAAUCUCCCAAUCCAUAAUUAGCAAACUAAUUAGUUACUUUCCUCGUACCCCCAGAGUUUCACCAUUGUGGCAUUGUGUUUGUAUGGAAGUACAAGCUUUUCAUUGCAAAUUAAUUUCGCCACCAGAAAAACAAAAAAUCCAUCUUAAAGCAUUUCUUGAUGGGUAAACAAAAACAAUCUAUAGAUAUAAACACAUUUAAAGAUAUAGAAGAAGAAGAUUCAAAAAAAUCACCCCCUUUACCAGAAAAACAAACAUCUGUUUCCCUAGUAGAACCAUCUCCUAGGAAGAACAAACUCCAUAAAAAAACGAAAACAAUUCGGGUUAUCCGAUCCAUAAUCCGGUCAUUCCCGAUUAUAGCUCCGAAACCUUGCAAGUUUCCGGAGAUAAACUUUCGGAGCAGUAGUCCAAGUACCCGGGUAACGGGUACGUUAUAUGGGUACAAGAAGGGGAAAAUGAGUUUUUCCAUACAACAAACGUCCAAGAGUUUACCCACAUUGGUGUUAGAUUUACCAAUACAAACCCAUGUUCUACAAAAAGAAAUGAGCCAAGGAAUGGUACGAAUUGCCCUUGAAUGUGAAAAAAGGGAUGAAAAGGAAAAGAAGGCAUUAUUAGAAGAGUCAGUAUGGGACAUGUUUUGUAACGGCAAAAAGUUAGGAUAUGCGGUCAAGAGGGAGGCUGAUGAGAUGGAUUUAAGCAUUAUGGAGCUUCUUAAGGUCAUUACAAUGGGAGUCGGAGUUUUGCCGUCCGCUGAAUUCAACGAUGCCGACGAUCCCGACGACGAGUUGGCCUAUACCCGUGCAAAUUUCGAUCAUGUUGUUGGGUCCAAGGAUUCUGAGACAUUAUAUAUGUUGUGUCCUGAAGGGAGUAAUGUUCCUGAACUUAGUGUAUUCUUUGUAAGAAUAUAAU